UGACUCGGAAUUUGGAGCUAUGCGGAAUUAUCUAAACCCUUGUUGGCUUAUUUAGGUGCUCUUGUCUCUUUGCUCAAUGGGUGAGUCCCGACUUCCCAUACCCGACGGAGUUCAAGUGACCCGGCAAGGAGUGCCAAGGCGUUUCCUCCGUUCGGCCUGGCCCCCUGUCCCCCAACAAUCGGCCGUUCGCAGCCCGGAGCUCUAUCCGGCCUGGCCAGCAGGGGCCAGCAUCCGGAUGACAGCCCACCGUCACGACAAGUCGCCAUUUACGCAGAUCAAGACAUCCAAUGCAAGAUGCCCGAGGAUAUCGGUACCUCUGUCGCUGCUACGUCCAACCAUAAUAAACCUUACCAUGCAAAGCGGCCGCACCGCAAAUCUCGGACGGGAUGCCGCAAUUGCAAGACGCGCAAGGUCAAGUGUGACGAGGGCCGCCCAACCUGCCAUUCCUGUACCGUGAGGAACGAGACAUGCGUGUACAUGGUUGCUGUACGCAGGCGCACCAGCCCCCCACCGUCUUCGUCUUCGUCUUCGUCAACGUCAACGUCCGGCCAGGAACUACUAGUAGCUCCCCCGUUCGCCGUGGCGCAUAGGGAAUGCACCCCUGCCACUGUCCCUCUGCAGCCCCUAUUCAUACCGAGUGGUCGCGACGAGCUCGACAUGCGGCUCUUGUGGUUUUACACCACCGCAACCUACGCCUCCUUCUCGACCAGUCUGACGCAGCGCGACGUCGAGGUGGUCCUCAAGGUUCACGUCGUCCAGCACGCCUUUGCCAACCCUUUUCUGAUGGACUGCCUGCUGGGUCUCUCGGCGAUGCACAUCAACCAUCUCGGACUCCGCAGCAUGGGCGUGUCGCGCACCCACGAGAUCUACUACCGAGCCAAAGCCUUCGAGACCUACCGCAAGGCAGUCGAGGCUGCAGACCCGGCCGCCUAUCCGGCCCUGUUGGCAGCAUCUCUGUUGCUGUGCGGGCUGUCAACUCAUGUGUUCCGGGGCGAAGAGGCCAAACCUCUGUCGAUUCUGGAUUGGAUGCUAAUCUGGAGAGGCAUCGGCACCAUCGCCGAGCUCACAGAGUCCAGGUUCCCAGAAGUAGCCAGGCCUAGGAACGGGAUCGCGCAGCUCCUCAACCGGCCCGACGUAGAUUCCGUUGCGUCCGCCCAGUGCGUCCCAAGCAAUCUCCUCUUCAUGGUGACUUCGAUCAGGGACGACGACCCGGAUUUCGCCUUUGUGCAGGCCUACUACAAAGCGCUACAAGUUCUCGGCUCGCUCUACCUCGAGCUCAGCAACGGCAUUAGCCAGAUGCUGCUGCUGCGCAUCGCCACCUUCUUCACCUUCCUCCCGAGCCCAUUCAUCGAUGCGGCCCGGCAAAAGCGGCCUCGCGCCCUCAUCAUCCUCGCCCACUACCUCGUAUUCGCCAUGUUUAGGUUCGCGGCCUGUUGGUGGAUGGACGGGAUCAGUCAGCGCGAGAUCCCGGGCAUAUGCCAGUUCCUCGGGCCCGAUUGGGACCACUGGCUCCGCGUUCCCAGGGCCGCGUUGCUGCUUGACAACUACCAGGAUGUUGCCAGGCUCCUGCUGGACGAUCCGCAUUGGGACAUGCCCACGACGCUGGAAACUGAGUCGCCGACCACGCAGCACGAGAGUGAGUUGGUGAUUCGAGCGGUCAUGGAGAACGAGGCGGCAGAUCACAUGGAGGUCCGCAAGCAGAGCAAGAUUCUGUUUGAAAUUCCGUGACGGUGCCGCGUUUCCCAGGGGGUUCCCUUCUCGCCGAUUGAGUUAUGUAAGAGCAAGCUCCAGAGCUCAGACCCAUGAGCGAGGAGGUUCGGAGUAU